UAUAUGACAUUAUUGAUGUACAAUAUCCCUUGGAGAUUUUCAGGCAUGAUACUUGAUCUUUUCCUAAUUGAAGGCGAAGAAAUCAUACACAAAUUGAUAUUAGCGAUGUUAUUAUAUCACAAAAAUAAGUUGAUAACCAGAAACUAUAGUGACAUUAGAAUAUUCUGUUAAGAAUCUCUUGUUAAUAGUUUUUUAGAGAUAUUUGAUGUCUCUUAAACCAAUUUAAUGGCAAUAUUGCAAAAACUUAAUUUAUUAUGA